ACUUCAGAAUACAAAAAAAUGAUACAGUGAUGUCGGUCUGAGUAGGCUUCAUGUAAGGACUGUGGGGAAAGAAGAAAGUAUUGGGUUAUGUACUAGGAAAGUGUAAAGUGUGUUUGGUUAUGGGAAUACCCUAUGAAAAACCCAAAGGGUGAAUUUUUAUGAGAAAAUAAAAGACUGACUUCACCAGAAAAGACUUUUUACAUUAAAAUGAAGUAGAAUGAAAUACAACAUUGAACAGGUCAUAUUGAGAGGCAAGAUAAUUGGGACAUGACCUGAAUUGGGAGUGAUGUGUCCUAUGUUACACCAAAAUCUGCCACUGAUGAGAGUGAUCAGUCAGUUAACCUGGGGUCUCAGAUUCAAUAAUAGAUGAGCUGAAAAUAAUGAAGGGAGGAUUCAUGCAGAAGCACGUUUUCUCAGAAGAAGGAAUGUGUAUGACUCAAAGUCCAAAUAGGAGUAUUAUAUUGGAUCAUCUUUCUUCUGGAACUUUGAGCCAGGAUUAAAGGAUAGCUGUAAAGUCAAGGAGAUAUUCUGAUGCAGAAAUCAGUUCUCACAACAUCUGAUUGAUGUCUGAUGAUGUCUGAUGUCUCACAACAUCUCUUUAGUCUUUUUAAAAUAUAUAAUUUUCUUUGCAGUAAGUAUUGCAACAUAUAUUUCCAUUCUAUAGAAGGAGAAGCAAAACUUCAGGAGUUUUUGAAGUAGGAAAGGUUAAAGCAGGAGGAUUGAGCCAAGAGAGUCUGAGGACAAUCGUAGGAGUCCUACUCUUCAUUUGGCACAAAAAUGACAAUGUUUAGUUAGGCAGAAGGUGAGUAUGGAUUGUAUAAACUAAGAACUGGAGAAGACUUUGCAGUUCAAGGAAUCCUUAGCUCUGUCUCCAGGCUAGACAAAAUAAGAAAUAAAAGCUAUCACUUCUGUGUGGUGCUUAUAGAAUAGAAUUAACAUAUCAGCAUUAUGGGAUCUUUGGGGUGUCGCUUUCCUGGCCAGUCUAGUGGCACCUUUGCCUGAGUUUUGCUCUGGGCCCACUGGGCUGCUUCUGCCCACUCGCACUUGCUACCAACCUGGAUCCCGGAUCCAAGGGAGAUUGAGACGGGUGGAGCAGAGAGGGGUGUGCUAGGGGUGUGUGAGCAAGCGUGGCCACUGUGCAGUCACACACACAAGCUGCUGCCCAGGUUGGGCAGCUCCAGGUGCCAGCACAGGCUCUCCAUGAGGUGGCUGGACCAGGCACACAACAAACAGCUUCCCCCUGGACCAGGCGCAUCACAAGCAGCUUCCAACAGUGGCACUGGCGAAUGCAGUGACGCCAACCAGGGCCCCAAAGAGGGAGUCACAGCCCGGGCUCAAGGAGCUCCCAGGUCUGGGCUUCUCCGAGGGCCAGAGCUCUUCUCUCCCUGUGGGGAGCAAGGGGCAUGUUGCAGCCCUGUUUGUGUUACAGCUCUUUUAACUUUGCUGUGCAGCUCCUCAGCUCCUGCAUCAAGCAGACAAGUGGAGAAUGAGACAGAUGAAGAGGAGCAUUACUGAGCAAUGGAACAGAAGGAUAAGGAAGAUGAAGAGGAAGGAGACCUGCAGUUAGUAGCUCAUUUCCACAGUAAGGAUGUCCUUUCCACAGCAAGGGUGUCCCAACGAGUGUUCAGCUUCUAGCAGAAAGGAGACCCUGGAGUGGCUGGCUCCUCUCUGCAAACAGGUCUUCCCAUUGAGUGUUCAGCUUUCAGCAGAGAGGAGGUUCUGGAAUGGGUAGUUUCUCUCCACAGGUAGGUCAUCCAUUGUCUUCCCAUCCUCUCUUCCAAUCUAGCUGAGUCCGGGGGAUUUUAUGAGCCUCAGAGGGAGGAAAUGCAUGCUGAUUGGUCCAUGGGCAGCCAUGAGUGGGCCCAGGGAACAGCACCACAAGUUACCUCUCUGGUCUGCAGGCUUCAAGCCCUCACCCGCUUGAGGGUGGGACUUCACUGGGGACCCAUCCCCUUCCACCCAGGAACCUGUCUGCCUCCUGCUCCCAGGCUGUUCAUGCCAAGGGGCGCCUGCAAGUCAGUGUCCAGCUGUCUUCAGACCCCUCUCAGCCUCCCUCCCACGCUUGUUGGUGCCCAAGUUCCAAAGGGGGCCGAGAUGGCAGGGGGCUGGCGUGUCAGCACUGUCCUGAGCGUGUGCACACUCGGCCAGGCUGUGACAGUACCCAGGCUCGGCCUGACCUUGCUCUGAGAUCAGAGUGGGUGCUAACAGUGGAGAGAAGCCAGGCAGCCGGAGUAGGCACCCUGGAGCCUGCAGUGGGCAGGGGGCUUUGCUGGGCCUCUGAGAGCACAGAAAAUGUCCACAGCCGCGGCAAGGUGGCUGCAGCUGCACCCUGGGAGCUCCUGCUCUACCAGUUCGGAAGGGGCGGGGCUCCUGCUUGUCCCUGGCUCACCUGCUCCUGAGUGUGCAGGUCCGGUGGCGCCUCCUUGCAGGCUGGGCUGAUGGGCGGGGGCGGGGGGGGGGGAGGAAGGGAAUGUUCCAGGUCCUCCCUGGGCCCGGGACUGUGUCCGGGGCAGGGAUGACGUCGCUGCAAGUUUUUCCCGUGGCCCCGGGGCUCAGGGGCAGCCCAGGACUCUCCCUCGCCCGGCUCACGGCCCUGCCUGGGGGGCGCCUCCGGAAGCAGAUCACGAGCCCUGGGGCUCAGCCCUCAGGCGCGUCUAGCUCGGCGGUCACCCCAGUGCAGGGAGGACCCUGGAGACGCGCCCCGGGCGGCCCUACUCAGAGCCUCCUCCCAAGGCCCAGGAAUGCGGGGCUGUCGGAGGUGUGCGCGGUGGCCACACCGCUGGCCGGGUCCCCAAAGCGGGCCCCGCUCCCACUUCCCGCCUUGGCCCCGAACCCUGGGUCCAGCCCCAGCGCUUUGUGUGCGAACACCGCUCCGCCCCGGACCCAGCUCCGCCUUGGGGCCCCUCUCUGCCUGCCCCUCCGUGCCCGACUACACUGCUUCCCCUCCGGCGGGCGACUCAGCCCGGUCCAUCGCGGCGGCUUCCAGGGCGGCAGGCUCCGGGAGUACUCCCGGGGCCGGCUCCAAGGACUGUUCCCCUCCUCCCCACUCCCACUCCGCGGCGGCGGCGGGCGAGAGCGGCGACAUAGGGCCAGGGUCCGGAGCGGUGGAGGCUCCUGGCCGGGGAGCACGUCGCCCCACCCGGCAACGCGAGGAUGGUGGCGGCGCAGUCGGCUGCUUUGGGGUCUCAAGGCACAGGGGACGCGAGGCACAGAUGUCCCACAGCAGCCACUGCGGCUCCUGCAGCUGCUCCGCCGCCGCUGCCCGCCCCUCCCUGCUGCAGCUGGCGUGAUGGCAGCGGCAGCUCUGGACGCCCCACUGCUGCCACCAUCAGCCUUGUGAAAUAGGUAUUACCUUAACAAAUGAAAUUGAAGCAGAGACAUGUAAUUUGCCCAAAGUUACUAAGUUAGUAAGUGACAAAGCUAGAAUUCAAGACCAAGAAGUCUAGCUUCCAUGCUCUUAACUUCCAACCAUGGUGACACCUCAAACAACUUCAGACAAAAAGGCCAGGAGAAAGUAUAUUUCAGAGCUUAAUAAACAUUAUAAUUAGCUGUCAAAUUAAGUAUCAAACCAGGGCACAGAACAUAAAAGAAAUCAGAGUAUGGCUAUGGGAACAAGACAACAGGAUUAUAAUUUUACCUCUUGGUUCUAGUUUUUUUCUUUGUUCAUAUGGAAAUCGUUACUGAAAAGGUACUUUAAGGAUAUGCUUGUUGCAAAUCAUUAGCUGUAUCACUGACCAAGAGUGUUUAUUCCUGAAAUACUAACUGAUUGCCUACUAUCUGCCAGGCACAAUAUCCCAUGCUAUAAUACAAAAUUAAACAAAAUAGGAUUCCUCCCUUAGAAAAACUCACCGCAGAGUAAAAGGAAAAGAUACACAUCUGGGUCAUUAUAAUGAUCAGGUGCUCAAGCUAUUCAUUGCCCCAGUGGACUGGAGAUACAAUGGCCUUCUCAAGUUUUGGGGUAUUACACUCAAAUUCAUAUGUAAUACUGGAGAAAAGGCCUAAUUACAACUAAAACUGGAUUUCCCACCAGCCUGGUGGCAUGGGAAUCUUGGAAUUAACAUUACGUAGAAUUUUUAAAAGUGAUGUAUCUUCUACAUCUGAUUUUGUGAACUGAAGUUUAUUCUUUCCAGGAAAGCAUAUAGAUACACGACAGGAAAUGAAAUGGAUACUUGUUGGGGUCAGUUUUAUGUAUAGUUUGUAUUUUAUUUUGAAAUAUGAUACACUGCUAUUCUCUUGCAUUUUCUUAUAUGUGACUCACCACUAACCCUAUAUUCCCCCAUUUCAGGCCAGUUGGUCAUAAGCAUCCAUUUGCCUCAGAGAAUACUGGGUUGUUAUGACAAGAAUAGAAAGUUGGAAAGAAAUAGAAUAUUUGAGUCUACCCUGUAAGAAUAAAAAGAAUAAAAGGGGUUUAAAUUUAUUUAGACCCUAUUGUUUAAUCAAGAAUUCUGGCCAGGAGCAGUGGUUCAUGCCUAUAAUCCCAAUGCUUUAGGAGGCCAAGGCAGGAGGAUCAUUUGAGGCCAAGAGUUUGAGACCAGCCUGGGCAAAUUAUUGCUCAGGAAAAAAAGGUCUUAUUUAGUAUUUUAGUCUUUACAAUGUUUUUUUCUAUUAUGAAAUAUUCUCUCAAAUACUUUAUGUCCAUCCACGUUGUCUGAGACAUGCCACUUUAACAUUCUAGUUAUGCUGUAGCUGUCAUUUUACCCUAAGCCGUUAGUAGUACUGAUCCACGUAAAAUUGGGCUGUUUAGGUGUUUAACUGUUUAAAUGUAUAAUAUAUCUGAUAUAUUUAUAUAUUGUAUAAAAAAUCACCUAACACAAUAGAUAUUUACUAUGUCUGCUAUAAAUAUAUAUCAUAUA